AUGGGAGAUGUUGCAUCAUCUAUGGACUAUAUAAGCUCUGAUUGCAUCCCAGAAGAAUCUAGCUUAAAAAAGACUGUUAGGUUUAAUGAUGUUAUUGCUAGGCAGUUUUACAGAUAUAACUCCUCUAUAGAAGGUCAAAAAAAGAAAAACCAAAGGAAGAAGAGUAAAAAAAGAAGCCAAGAAAGGCGCAAAAGUGAGAGCGAGGCGGAGGAAGAAACAAACAUUUCAUUUAAGACGUCUAAACCAAGACUAAAAUCUGUUCUAAAGCAAAGAAGAGACAGUGGGUUAGCUGACACAUCUGAUGCUGAAGCUGAGUGUAAGAAUUUACGAUCAGACUCUGAGAUUUCUUGUGAUAACGGCUGCUCAAAUAAGAAGAAUAGAGAGGAUGCCAUCAAUAAAAACAGUAAAGAAUGUUCUCAAAACAACAUGGAUAAGAAUGGAAACUCAAGCAACAAAUUUGAACAGCAUUUAUCAAAAAGUAAAAAACAAACAACUACUGAAAUUAAGAAACCCUUAAAUCCAGUUACAUGUGAUAACAUCAAACAUAAUACUGAUCUUUACAAUCCUGACAAAUUAAAUAAAGGUCAAUAUCAGGAAGUUGAUUUUAAAAAUGAUCUCAUAUUUGAUUUAGAUAUGUAA